UUCAACAACCUGUCUAAUGCAGCCUGCUGACAGUCACCGUGAACGAGUUCCGCUGUCACAGGAGAAAAAUAAACAAUGACAGAACCAGGACCAAAGUUCAAAGUAUUGAAGUUUUUAAAGCUUAUUAUUGCUAGCUUAUUCUUUACAGUCUUACUGCUAUUCACUAUAGCUUGUAUCAGGACUCUCUCACUGGACGUAAAUGCCGGACUUCAACUCGCACAGUGGGAAAAGACGAAAAACAUCUCGCUUGUCAUAGACCGCCAUCAGCGCGAGGAACUUCUGUCAAAUUUUAAAGAGGCUAUCCGGAUCCCCACGGUGUCUUUCUCCCAGACAGAGAGCAACAUCACGGCGCUGCUUGAAUUUGGCAAGCUCCUCCGAAAAGCCUUCCCAACAGUUUUUUCUUCAAGCUUGGUUCAUCAUGAGUUGGUGGCCAACUACAGCCACCUGUUUUGGGUGCAAGGAUCACGGCCUGACCUGGUGCCAUACAUGCUGCUCGCCCACAUCGAUGUUGUACCUGCCUCAGAGUCAGAUGGCUGGGAGGCCCCGCCAUUUUCUGCCAAGGAGAUAGAUGGCUUCAUCUAUGGUAGAGGGACAAUAGAUGACAAGAGCCCUGUAAUGGGAAUACUUCAGGCACUAGAAUACUUGCUGAGAAAAGGCUAUGCUCCACGCAGAGGUUUUUACAUCGGCCUUGGUCAUGAUGAAGAAGUCAGUGGUUUCAAGGGCGCAGUGAACAUAGUUCGUCUGCUGAAACAGCGUGGUGUGAGGCUGUUGUUUGUCCUAGACGAGGGCUUGGCUGUACUGGAUGGAGUUAUCCCUGGGUUUGAAGGACCUGCUGCUCUAAUUGGGGUAAGUGAAAAGGGCUCGGCCACUGUAAAGCUUAGUGUGUCUACGGUCCCUGGUCACUCUUCCAUGCCUCCCAGCGAGUCCAGCAUUGGGAUCUUGGCUGGUGCAGUGAAAAGACUAGAGGAGAACCCUAUGCCAAGGUUAUUUGGCCAGGGGCCUGAACGUGGAACCUUUGAACAUCUGGCUCAUAAGUUCAGGCUUCCAGUGAAGUUCGUAAUGUCGAAUUUGUGGCUGUUCUCCCCACUCCUUAGCAGGGUACUGGAAAGAAAACCAGACACUAAUGCUUUUGUAAGGACAACCACAGCAGUCACCAUGUUUAAUGCAGGAGUUAAGGUGAAUGUCAUGCCUUCCCUCGCUGAAGCUUAUGUAAAUCUGCGAAUCCACUCAGCACAGUCAUUACAAGAGGUCUUGGACCUCAUCCAUUCUACAGUGGGAGACCAGCGAGUGAAGAUAGAGCUCAUUGAUGGGUUUGACCCUCUGCCUGUUAGCUCUGAUGAUGAAAAGUCCUUUGGCUUCCAGAUUAUUAAAAAAACUGUGUUGGACAUGUUUCCUUCAGUUACAGUUGCUCCAGGUAUCUGUAUUGGGAACACAGACAGUCGGCACUUCAAAGACCUGACCAGUGAUAUUUAUCGCUUCGCCCCUGUCUGGUUUAAACCAGGUGAUCCGCAAAGAUUCCAUGGCAUCAAUGAAAGGAUUUCCAAAAAGAACUACGAGGAGCUUGUGGUAUUUUACUCCAGCCUGUUUCAAAAUUGUGACAUUCAGAGCCUCCCCGAGCCUCACAGCUCUGUCCAUGAGCUCUAAGUAAGUUGACAACAUUGUUAUCAAGUCAAACUAAUGCAGCCCAGAAACCUGUGUUAUUGUUACUUAAUUUCCAAAGCACUGAUUUAAUCCUUGGUCAAAAACAAUGAGAUUCUGCAUAUCAGAGCCAGAAGUUAAAAUUUUCCAGUGGUAAUUUUAGGUUUACAAUAAAUGUUUGUCUCAUUUCAGUCUUGUGUGAGCAGGACCAGUUUUUCAUUGUUAUAGUGACAUAAAUAUGGUCCAACUAUAUGAAGCGCCUUUGUGUUUGUGAUCAAGAUUUUGUGAUAGAUUGCUGUGAUGAUUUUUUAACUAUUAUGAUGGCGCAAUUUCAUGAAAUGAUGAAAAAGUAUUGUACUGCUAAUGACUGCAUAAGUAUUUUUCGGCUGCUGAUAACAGACGACACAAUAAUAUGCUGCUUACUGUGGAAAUGCUGAAUUGUGAGAUUUAAAAAUGUAUUUUAUUACUUCUUGUUGAAUGAUGUACAGUAGUUUAUCUUUUAAGGAAUCACUGUCUGAUUAAAAUGGAUCCUGAGUCGUAAAGGUGAUUUGAAUUUGCACACAAGCUUCACAUGGCAUUGUUUAAAAAUACAAUAAUAUAUAAAUAUAAUAAAAUGACUU